AUGGAGGCAGACAGACGUGAAUGCAUAUGUUUGCAUCACAACAACCCCGCCCCAUUCUUCCGCUUUUCAUCACCCCGCCCCAUUCUCCCGCUUUCCAUCACCCCGCCCAAUUCUCCCGCUUUCCAUCACCCCGCCCCAUUCUCCCGCUUUCCAUCACCCCGACCCAUUCUCCCGCUUUCCAUCACUCCGCCCCAUUCUCCCGCUUUCCAUCACCCCGCCCUAUUCUCAAGCUUUCCAUCACCCCGCCCCAUUCUCCCGCUUUCCAUCACCCCGCCCCAUUCUCCCGCUUUCCAUCAUCCCGCCCCAUUCUCCCGCUUUCCAUCACCCCGCACCAUUCUCCCGCUUUCCAUCACCCCGCCCCAUUCUCCCGCUUUCCAUCACCCCGCCCCAUUCUCCCGCUUUCCAUCACCCCGCCCCUUUCUCCCUCUUUCCAUCACCCCGCCCCAUUCUCCCGCUUUCCAUCACCCCGCCCCAUUCUCCCGCUUUCCAUCACCCCACCCCAUUCUCCCGUUUUCCAUCACCCCGCCCCAUUCUCCCGCUUUCCAUCACCCCGCCCCAUUCUCCCUCUUUUCAUCACCCCGCCCCAUUCUCCCUCUUUCCAUCACCCCACCCCAUCCUCCCUCUUUCCAUCGCCCCGCCCCAUUCUUCCGCUUUUCAUCACCCCGUCCCAUUCUCCCUCUUUCCAUCACCCCGCCCCAUUCCCCCUCUUUCCAUCUGCCUGCCCCAUUCUCCCGCUCUCCAUCACCCCGCCCUAUUCUCCCUAUUUCUAUCACCCCGCCCCAUUCUCCCGCUUUCCAUCACCCCGCUUUCCAUCACCCCGCCCCAUUCUCCCGCUUUCCAUCACCCCACCCCAUUCUCCCUCGUUCCAUCACCCCGCCCCAUUCUCCCUCUUUCCAUCACCUCGCCCUAUUCUCCCUCUUCCCAUCACCCCGCCCCAUUCUCCCGCUUUCCAUUACCCCGCCCCAUUCUCAAACUUUCCAUCACCCCGCCCCAUUCUCCCUCUUUCGAUCACCCCUGCCCCAUUCUCACGCUUUCCAUCAUCCCGCCCCAUUCUCCCGCUUUCCAUCACCCCGCCCCUUUCUUCCUCUUUCCAUCACCCCGCCCCAUUCUCCCGCUUUCCAUCUGCCCAACCCGUUCUCCCGCUUUCCAUCACCCCGCCCCGUUCUCCCGCUUUCCAUCACCCCGCCCCAUUCUCCCGCUUUCCAUCACCCCGCCCCAUUCUUCCGCUUUCCAUCACCCCGCCCCAUUCUUCCGCUUUCCAUCUCCCCGCCCCAUUCUCCCUCUCUCCAUCACCCCGCCCCAUUCUCCCGCUUUCCAUCAUCCCGCCCCAUUCUCCCGCUUUCAAUCACCCCGCCCAAUUCUUCCGCUUUCCAUCACCCCGCCCCAUUCUCCCUCUUUCCAUCAGCCCGCCCCAUUCUCCCUCUUUCCAUCACCCCGCCCCAUUCUCCCGCUUUCCAUCACCCCGCCCCAUUCUCCCGCUAUUGCAUCACCCCGCCCCAUUCUCCCUCUUUCCAUAACCCCGCCCUAUUCUCCCUCUUUCCAUCACCCCGCAAAUUCUCCCUCUUUCCAACACCCCACCCCAUUCUCCCGCUUUCCAUCACCCCGCCCCAUUCUCCCGCUUUCCAUCAACCCACCUCAUUCUCCCGCUUUCCAUCACCCCACCCCAUAAUCCCGCUUUCCAUCACCCCGCCCCAUUCUCCCGCUUUCCAUCACCCCCCCCCUAUUCUCCCUCUUUCCAUCACCCUGCCCCAUUCUCCCGCUUUCCAUCACCCCACCCGAUUCUCCCGCUUUCCAUCACCCCGCCCCAUUCUCCCUCUUUCUAUCACCCCGCCCCAUUCUCCCGCUUUCCACCACCCCGCUCCAUUCUCCCGCUUUCCAUCACCCCGCUCAAUUCUCCCUCUUUCCAUCACCCCUCCCCAUUCUCCCUCUUUCCAUCACCCCGCCACAUUCUCCCGCUUUCCAUCACCCCGCCUCAUUAUCCCUCUUUCCAUCACCCCGCCCCAUUCUCCCGCUUUCCAUCACACCGCCCCAUUCUCCCUCUAUCCACCACCCCGCCCUAUUCUCCCUCUUUCCAUCACCCCGCCCCAUUCUCCCGCUUUCCAUCACCCCGCCCCAUUCUCCCGCUUUCCAUCACCCCUCCCCAUUCUCCCGCUUUCCAUCACCUCGCCCCAUUCUCCCGCUUUCCAUCACCUCGCCCCAUUCUCCCUCUUUCCAUCACCCCGCCCUAUUCUCCCUCUUUCCAUCACCCCGCCCCAUUCUCCCGCUUUCCAUCACCACGCCCCAUUCUCCCGCUUUCCAUCACCCCACCCCAUUCUCCCGCUUUCCAUCACCCCGCUCCAUUCUCCCGCUUUCCAUCACCCCGCCCAAUUCUCCCUCUUUCCAUCACCCCUCCCCAUUCUCCCUCUUUCCAUCACCCCACCCCAUUCUCCCGCUUUCCAUCACCCCGCCCCAUUCUCCCGCUUUCCAUCACCCCGCCCCAUUCUCCCGCUUUCCAUCACCCCGCCCCAUUCUCCCGCUUUCCAUCACCCCGCCCCAUUCUUUCGCUUUCCAUCACCCCGCCCCAUUCACCCCGCCCCAUUCUCCCUCCUUCCAUCAACCCGCCCCAUUCUCCCGCUUUCCUUCACCCCGCCCCAUUCUCCCGCUUUCCAUCACACCGCCCCAUUCUCCCUCUAUCCACCACCCCGCCCUAUUCUCCCUCUUUCCAUCAGCCCGCCCCAUUCUCCCGCUUUCCAUCACCCCGCCCCAUUCUCCCGCUUUCCAUCACCCCUCCCCAUUCUCCCGCUUUCCAUCACCUCGCCCCAUUCUCCCGCUUUCCAUCACCUCGCCCCAUUCUCCCUCUUUCCAUCACCCCGCCCUAUUCUCCCUCUUUCCAUCACCCCGCCCCAUUCUCCCGCUUUCCAUCACCACGCCCCAUUCUCCCGCUUUCCAUCACCCCACCCCAUUCUCCCGCUUUCCAUCACCCCGCUCCAUUCUCCCGCUUUCCAUCACCCCGCCCAAUUCUCCCUCUUUCCAUCACCCCUCCCCAUUCUCCCUCUUUCCAUCACCCCACCCCAUUCUCCCGCUUUCCAUCACCCCGCCCCAUUCUCCCGCUUUCCAUCACCCCGCCCCAUUCUCCCGCUUUCCAUCACCCCGCCCCAUUCUCCCGCUUUCCAUCACCCCGCCCCAUUCUUCCGCUUUCCAUCACCCCGCCCCAUUCACCCCGCCCCAUUCUCCCUCCUUUCCAUCAACCUCGCCCCAUUCUCCCGCUUUCCUUCACCCCGCCCCCAUUCUCCCUUCUGUUCCAUCACCCCCGCCCCAUUCCUUCCGCCUUUUCAUUACACCCUACCCCCCUAUUGCUCUCCCACUUUCCAUCACCCCGCCCCAUUCCCCCUCUUUCCAUCAGCCCGCCCCAUUCCUCCCGCUUUUUUCUUCACCGGCGCCCAUUCUUCCGCUUUCAUCACCCAGCCUCAUUCUCCCGCUUUCAAUCACCCCGCCCCAUUCUCCGCUUUCCAUCACCCCACUCCUUUCUCUCCUCUUUCAUCACCCCGCCCCAUUCUCCCGCAUUUUCCUAAUACUCCGCUCCCAUUACUCCUGCUUCCAUCACCACCGCCCAUUCUCAAGCUUUCCAUCACAUCGCCCCAUUCUCCCGCUAAUCCAUCACCCGCCCCAUUCUCCCGCUUUCCCUCACCCCGCCCCAUUUAUCAGCUUUCCAUCCACCCGCCCCAUUCUCUCGAUUUCCAUCACCCCGCCCCA